AUGGAAGUGAACAAUUCAGCCAUUACAGGAGUAGGAAAUGAACCAAUUGGGUCUUACUGGGACUGGGAUGAUGAUGAUAGGGGCAUGGAAAUGGAUAUUCAAGCCCUUCUAUCAGAGUUUGGUGAUUUUGGUGAUUUCUUCGAAAAUGAUGUUUUGCCUUUUGGAGAGCCCCCAGGAACUGCGGAAUCUCAGGCACUAAUUUUUUCUGCUCCGGAUUGUGGAGAUGUCAACAGCAGUCCAGGUGGUGUGAUAGAUGUUGUUUCAGAUCAAAUACUUUUGCCUGUUGGGUUUCCUUCCUUUGAGAGCUAUAACCCCCCUCCUUCAGCAGCCAUGGAGGAAUGUCUUAACAAAAGUCAAGAUAACUUGAAUAACUCCAUGUCUUCGGGUCCAACCAAUCAAACUCAAAUGUUGUAUACGAGGGAGUUUGAUCAUAUAAUGAAAGCUGAAGCAAUGAUGACAUUUGCUCCUGAAUUUGGAGCUGUGGAGACCCCUACUUCUGAGUUGUCCACAACAAUUUUCAGAAGCCCAUAUUUUCCAAAAUCUCUAAAAGCAGAGAGUUCAAAUUCAAGUUCAAACAAUUACUUAUACGGUGCAGCACCGCCCUCUUCUCCCUGCACUGAAGGAUCAGAGGGGAAGAAUGGAGUGGUUGUCAAUACAAAAAAAGGUUCUGGAAAACAUGAUGCAAGUAUGAGUCUCCACUCAAAAAAUUGCUAUACUUUUGUGGAGAGCCAGAAGGAAAAAAGUGAUAAAAAUCCUGUCACAUGUAAUGAUAACAGCAUUGCUAAAUCUGAGGGGCUAGCGCCACUCUCAAACAUUGGUUCUAAUGCUAUUGUUAAGUCUUCCCUAAGGAAGAUGACUGAAUGCACACAUGAAGCAGAGCAUCACCUUCUAUCUGCAAAAACUUUGCUGGCAACUGAUAUUACAUGUGUUAUGUUGCAAGCUUCCAUGUGCAGGUUACGCCAUAUUCUCUUAUCUUCAACUAACCUAAUGCCUAUUGGUUUAAGUAGGUCCAAUGGGGUUUCAUUUUUGAAUCAGCUUCCUAGCGACCCAAGUAUCACCACAGAAAACAUAUCAGGCAAGUUUGAUGUGAAGAAGAAAGAAAAUAUACCAAUUAGAAUUGCAGGUGAUAUUGAUGGAGGAAUGCUUGAUGGUCACCUUAAUGCUCCUAUUGGUGUUUGGCGCACAUUAGGAGCUUCAAAAGUUGUAAAACCUUCAAAUUCACCUAACAUGGAAGUUGGUCCUUCCUUUUCUCAUAAUUCUUUCAAUGAAGAAGGUAUCCUUUCUUACGGUCAAAGGAAACCACUUCAGGAGCUUCUUGACGGGAUUGCAUUGCUUGUCCAACAAGCUAUUUCCUUUGUUGAUCUGGCCUUGGAUGCGGAUUGUGGUGAUGGUCCAUAUGGUCUGCUUGCACUGCAAGAACAAUGGAGGCGUGGAUUUUGUUGUGGGCCUUCCAUGGUCCAUGCUGGCUGUGGGGGAACUCUUGCCUCUUCUCAUUCACUGGACAUUGCUGGCUUGGAGUUAGUGGAUCCACUUUCUGCAGAUGUAAGCUUUCACUAUAAGUCUAAUGUUGUGCAAACCUCUGAACCAUUUAUAUCGCUCUCCUUAGGGGCAUGGUCAUGGAUUUAGGAUUUGGUCUUUGAUAAUAGAAGUAAAAUGAAUUGCUAUAAUUUUGAUAUGGGAUUGGAUGUUUUAAAGUUAUUCUUGUUGAGUUGUGUAGAAGAUUUUCGGGUGCAAGAGGUAAAAACAAUUAGUUUGGAUU